UUAAGCUUCAGUAAUUUGGACACAAACACGAACAGAGACCGCGGGAAGAAGAUGGAGGAAGACGGAGGAGAUCAAGCUCCGCUGCCGCAUCCGCCGAGCUCCGAAACCCCAAUCUCCGACCCAAACCUCGAUCCACCGUCCACGUGUCCCGAUUCCACAGUCGCUCAUACUCAGGACGACGGCUCCGACUCAAAACCUCAGCUGAACCAGACCGAUCUAUUCAGAGCAGUCGAAGUCGUUGAGAGGGACUCCCUCGCCAUCGCGGAGAGCUUCAACUCUCUCUUCUCCUCCCUCCGCCUCGCCCUCUCCGAAGUUACUAGCAACUCGGUUGAUCACAUGCAUUGCUUUGGCGACGCCGCCGGCCGGCUUCAAGAAUCCGUGCUUGAUGCUGCUACGAAGGGGAAUCGCUACAUAAAUUCAUGUCUGAGAUUAAAUGAAGAAAUGAAGGGUGUUGAUAGUCUAGCCCUGCAGCUAAAACUCUUGAGAAGAAAUGUUGAUGCUCUAGACUCUGGAGUUAACAGGCUCCUUCGCCUUCCAUGAUGUCGACCUGCCCGACUCGCUACCUCAAUUAUGGAUGUGGGAUCUUCUCUUCCAACAUAUUUGCUAAUUUGUGAUUGUUUCGUGGAAAUCAUGGUCAUUGUCAGGUCAUGUUUGGAUUUUCAUGAAACAUUUUCUGCGCUCAUAAACUAGUUGUCCAGUCAGUGCAAAUCAUUUGACAAUCUUGUAGGUGUAGAAUGUUGAGAGCAUUUGGGGAUUGUUUCUGUGGUAAACAGGUAUUACGUUUAUAUUCUUUGUUGCUGCUUGGAAUCGAACAUUUUAGUGGUUGUCUUUCCCAAGUUGCAGUUACCCUUAAUUGCCUAAAAUUUUGGUUGCUGUACUGUUACUGUAUAAUUUCCUAGGGUGAACUGCAAUUUGGAAACUUCCGUUUUUCCACUUGUGGGGUAAA